UUUACGUUUGAGAUUUGUCCAAGAUUUGUCCAAAACUCCUAAAAGCUUUGUAACUUUUAGACUAGGUAUUCGACGACUACAAUCGAUAUAUAAACUGGAUCAUUUAGUUAUAAUAACUUUCUGUUCCUUGUCCUAAGUCUAUUUUCAGAAAUGCCUCUAUGAAGCGCAUAGUUUAACUUCACUUCAACGGAUGAAUCAUCAACUUAUUACAGUUUUUACGUACAUCAAAUACCACACUAUUUAAGUAAUUAACAUCAUGGAGUGGCUGUUUGGUCAUCGGAUGACGCCUGAUGAGAUGCUCCGUAAAAACCAGCGAGCACUCAACAAAGCCAUGAGAGAUUUGGACCGUGAGCGUAUGAAAAUGGAGCAGCAGGAGAAAAAAGUUAUAGCUGAUAUAAAAAAACUAGCAAAAGAAGGACAAAUGGACGCAGUCAAAAUAAUGGCAAAAGAUCUGGUGCGAACGCGGCGCUACGUGCGCAAGUUCAUGCUGAUGAAGGCCAACAUCCAGGCCGUGUCGCUCAAGAUCCAGACGCUUAAGUCGCAGAACACCAUGGCGCAGGCGAUGCGCGGAGUCACGCGCGCCAUGGCUACCAUGAACCGCCAGCUCAACAUGCCACAAAUCCAGCGCAUCCUGCAGGAGUUCGAGAAGCAGUCCGAGAUCAUGGACAUGAAGGAGGAGAUGAUGAACGACUCCAUCGACGAGGCCAUGGAAGCGGACGACGACGAGGCGGAGAGCGACGCCGUCGUCGGCCAGAUCCUCGACGAGCUCGGCCUGCAGCUCGGCGACCAGCUCUCCGGCCUGCCGCAGCCCACCGGCUCGCUCUCGGUGCCGGCGCGCACGCCCGUGGCGGCCGGCGUGGGCGUGGGCGCGGGCGGGGGCGGCGCGGGCGGCAGCGGGGGCGGCGGUGCGGGGGGUGGCGGGGGCGGAGCGCUCGACGCCGACGCCGAGCUGCAGGCACGCCUCGACAACCUGCGGCGAGAGUAGCGCCCGCGCCGCCGCGAGUGCGCACGUCCCACCCCGUGCCCGCCCCGCGCCUGUCUCGACUACCCGCUUCUUCGUAACUUACACGCUUACCUGUUCACCGAAGUAAAUUAUUUUGCUUAAAAUAUUCUUUUUACGGAAUAGAAUAUGCAAAUCCGUGUGUGGCUGUGUCCUGUAUAUUCAGAUUCAUAAUAUACUACGUAUUAAGUACAUACUAAGUUCUCGGCGAAACAUGGCGGUAGCGGUCAUUGACUCCCUGUCAAAAACUUGUC